UCAGGGAAAGGAGUAACACAGGUGUGUUGAAACUUGGUCAACUGCCAGAGCUAGAUUAUGAGCUCAUUUGAUCCACAGAUACACUCACCACACCGCUGCAGCCCGCAAUUUCCUAACAUUGGGCAGGAGCCUCCUGAAAUGAAUAUCUACUAUGAAAAUUUAUUUCAUCCACAGAAUAUUCCUAGUCCACAGAGGCCUACAAACUUUGAAACAGGGGACUACAAUGCUACACCCAACCCUUACUUGUGGUUAAAUGGACCUUCCAUUAACAGUCCACCUUACCUACCGGGAACCAAUGGCAGCCCAUACAUCCCACCAGCCUAUGGGAUGCAAAGGCAGUUCUUGCCUAACAUGCACGGCUUGCCAGGGAAUGAAAUGGGCUGGCUCCCAAUGCCUUCUCAAGAAGAGCUGAUGAAGCUGGUCAGGCCACCUUAUUCCUAUUCUGCGCUCAUUGCCAUGGCCAUCCACGGAGCCCCGGACAAGAGACUGACCCUCAGUCAAAUCUAUCAGUAUGUUGCUGACAACUUCCCAUUCUACAACAAAAGCAAAGCUGGUUGGCAGAAUUCCAUACGGCACAACUUGUCUCUCAAUGACUGCUUCAAGAAGGUGCCCCGGGAUGAAGAUGACCCAGGGAAGGGCAAUUACUGGACUCUGGAUCCGAACUGUGAGAAGAUGUUUGACAAUGGAAACUUUCGGCGGAAGAGGAAGAAGAAGUCUGACUGCAGCGCCAGCACAGCGUCUCUUGCUUCUGACAAAUCGGAGGACAGCGCCUUAACUGGCAGCCCCAAGGCGGCGGCAGAGCACCAAGACAUGCUGGAGAACUCAUCUUCUGGAACAGAGAACUCCCCUGACAAGAGAUCUUCUCCACCACCAUCGUCCACCACUCCCUGCCUCAACAACUUCCUGUCCAGCAUGACAGCUUAUGUGAAUGGGUCCAAUUCAGUCAGCCGCUCAGUGGCCCUAGGACUUGGCACCGAUGCUGGUGACAAAAUGGGACAGAACGUGGUAGGCUUCAACUCAUACACCCCUCUUGCCAACAUCUCCAGCCAUGGCAGUGGAGAGCCAUGGUCCAAUUCCAUGUCCUCUGGUCAUCUUGGCUAUGGCAGCUCAGUUCUCAACCAGUUCAACAGCAGCUUUUACAACAGUCUUGCUGCAAAUAAUACUCUAUAUUCCAGAGAGGGAACUGAGGUGUAAACAGAGGAAGGUCUUGUGAAAAGAGGGGAAAGUGUAAGGAUACAGGGAGAGAAAAUUUUGUCGGGAAAGGUGCUUCACAUUAGACCCCUCACUUCUUUCGAUUUAUGUUAAGAUACACCAAAAGGGUAUCUCUGUCACGGCCAAUGUUUUCAGGUAGUGGUAUUCAUAGACCACAGAGGCUUCAAGCUGCACUGUACAGCCAUGAUUAACAGCAGACUUCCGCUUGUCUUAGGAUCUGUACAGGACAGCAUUUCAUUUUUAACUCCAUAGUAAUCACUGCUUCAAUACUUUCUGCCAUUAAAACAGAAUGGAAUCAUCACUUUACACCUAAGACUGCCUUGGAAAAGCUACCCUUCUGUUGCUUGGUCACCAUACAAAGGGGGGGAAAUGACUAAAGCUUCAUGAAAUGGUCUUGAUUCUGCUUUCUUGCUUAACUGAAAACAUAAGGCAUGAUCCGGUCAUUGGCAAAUAUUUUUAAAUCUCAUUUAUUUUCCAUUGGAGAGCUGAUGAUUCUCCUCAGCUGAAACCAAUGGGAUUUAAAAGCACUUAACAUUGACCGAAUCAUGUCCAUGAGAUCUGCUACUUUCUUCAGAAUAUGUACAUGCAUUCUGAUGGUUCUGUGAAACAUGAUAUAACAACACUUAAUGGGGGAAAGUGUAACAAAGGGUAGGAAGUACUAGAAACUUCUAUUCCUUCUUAAUAAAAUGUGUAUUUAAAAGCCUGGCCUUUAAUCUUUUAUGUUUACAGAUGUGAGGGUAAAAAGAUUUCAGAACAGGAAUUGAUAGUUUGGGUCUGUUUCAAAACCCAUUACCACUACUGGUAUUUAAUAAAUAAAUCUAAAACUCAGUUUGCAGCCAUGGUUAGUCCAGGUAGCCAACCUGACAUAGAAGUUGUCACUGAUUAUUUUGUUGUGUAGGUUGCAAAUGUGUGAGCUUAAGGACAAAAUAUGAUUGCUGCACAAUGCUGUUAAAACAAGACAAUGUAUCUAAAUCCUAGCAUGGUGUUUGUGUGGAAAGGUAAAAUUUCUAUGUACUCGCCAAGUUUCAACACUGCUAUUUUAUGACAACCUAAGAAUCUUUCAUGUUGGUUGCUAGUGCAUUUUCCAAGGGGGAAAAAGAAGUCUUUUUAUUUUACAGUUCUUAAACAAUCUCUGUCCACGGUAUUAACACAAAGAGGGCAUUCUUUUUUUUUUAACCUGAAGGUUAAUUUAUGUACACCUUUCUUAUACAAUACUGUAAAGCAUAAACUUGGGGCAGUUUUGCAGUGCAAUCCUGUACAUGUUUACUCAUAGGUAAGUCGCAUUAAGUUCAAUGGGCUUUACUCUGAGAUAAGUGGGUAAAGGAUUGCAACCCUAACAAAUGCUCUCUGGCAAGGUUGCCAAGGGGACCUUUAUGUAUUAUGACGACAAAGAAAACACUGUCGCUUGAUAUUUUUAUUCUGCAUAUUUUGGUUACAGUUUCAUUAAGGGCACAUGCAGGGAAGUAUUUUUUAAUAAAAUAUUUGUUUGUAAAAACUGUGUGUAUUGUUUGACAGUAACUGCCAAAACAAAUAAGAACAAAAUGGAUUAUUGUGAUGUUCUUCUGACAACAGCUCAAGAUCUGGAGAUUUAACUUUCUGCAGGCUGGUGGGGGUGGGGAACUAGCACAACAAAUUCUUACUCAAAGGGGCGAACAUGGCAACAUUUGCUUGCCUGCUCUUUAAUAUCAGUGAGCUACAUGCCCUGAUCACAAAGUAACACCUACAAAGCAUGACACAAAUGUCAAAUGGGUCAGCUAUAGUUAUCACAUACCACUUCCCAAACUGAAAGGCCAGUAUUAAGUUGCAUACAAAAAAGUGACACAAAUUGCCUAACUAGUGAAAGAGGGAAAUACGUAAUGAUGAUCCAGCUAAAUUAAAAUAGUCCUGAUUACAAUGGAACAGAGUCAACAGCAUGGCCUUCCAGUGGAGUACGAUUUGGCUGCACCAAGCUCAAAAUCUGUCUCUGGGCGAACUUGUGGCAAUGUCUGUUUAUGAGUAAAUAUAAUGUGUUUUAUGCAAUAUAGUAGUAAUAAAUAAUUAUUAUUAUUAUUAUUAUUAUUAUUAUUAUUAUUAUUAUUUAUUAUUUAUACCCUGCCCAUCUGGGUGGGUUUCCCCAGCCACUCUGGGCGGCUUCCAACAAAAUACUAAACUACAGUAGUCCAUCAAACAUUAAAAACUUCCCUAAACAGGGCUGCCUUCAGAGGUCUUCUUCCAGACAUCUGGGAGCGAUUUGCACAAGCAGAACUUCUACUUGUGCAAUGGGACUUCCUCCCUGCCCGCUGCACACACAGAAGCCAUUCUGCUGCCAUUCUGCUUGCUCCCUUAUUUAGCUGAGUACUGCCUGUCCGGCAGAAUACUGACUUAACUUGCUGCAGACAUAAAGACUCCCUCUUAGCCACAGAGAGCUUUUUUAUCAAACAGAGGGAUCCCACUGGAGGAGAAAGGAGAGGCUGACAAGACUACUGGCAAUCUCCUUCCCCCUGCAGCCCCCAGCACAAGCUCCCACCCCUGGUCCAGAAGGUUCCCCAGCCCUCUGGAACAAUGGAAGAGUGUUGCUUGAGGCUACAGAGGGAAGGGGAAUUAUCAAAAGACAGCCUCCACUCCCUCAGCCACUGGGAGCAAAGUCUGAAUCCCGUCCAUUAUGUGAAUGAGUUGGUCUACUGUAAGUUGCCUUGAACACUGUGAGAAGCUGGGGGUUUAUUACAGUCCUGCCUGAGGGUGCGUGGGUGGGUGGGGAACAAUAACUUUAGUCAACUAUUUACAUAUAGCGUAAAGUGUGAACGUGCAUUAAUCCACAUGUCUGAAAAAUGAAAGCAUGCAGAAAGGAAAUGUGAAUGUUUUAUGCAAUAGAAGCAGUUAAAAAAACCAAAACCCUGCCAUACUGCUUAAGAUUUUCCCACUUGAAAUCUGAGAUUUUCCAUCUGUCAAAGCAAAGUACUUAUGGGACAUCUGUGUUUGGGUUUGGAGUAAUCUGGGGACAUAAUGGCUAUCCUGCAUUACUUUACCCUCAUGUCCCUGGUACACUGAUAUCCUGCAGUAUUGGCUCCAAUGGUCCCUCUUA